AUGGACAACCUACAAGAAAGUUUCCGGAUACUAUGCUACAAAAUAGCGGACGAGGCGUUCAAGUCAAAAGAUCUGCAGCGGCUGAGCAAAUCGAACGGAUGUAAGGUCGACAAGAAGACCGCCGGCGAAAUUCGCGAGCGCCAUUUGCAACAGUUUUUGACCGGCGUCAUGGACGACUUUUCGAAAACGUGCAGCGGCGAAGAGAUUGAGGCGAAGAUUGCUCGCCUUGCAGACAUCAGGGAAGAAGCUAUCGAGAGACACGGAGCUGAUGCACAAGGCUAUCGUCCGGUCGGGGACCCGAGGUUCGACACGCUGGGCAUCCAGAUGAAGUGUAAAGAAGCAUACUGUGCACGCUUACAAGAAGAAAUUGAAGCACUUGAUGAACGAAUCGUGGAAAAUAAAACCGUAAACGAGCAGAACACCCGAGUCGUCAAGCAGCUAGCCGAAAAUAUAAAGGAGCGAUUGGCGAGCAAAUCUCCUCCAACCGAC